AUGGCAGCGCCAGCCGCGGCGUCUUGCAGCGAGGGUGAGUUUGGGUUUGAGAUCUUCUGCCCCACGUUGCUGCACGCCGUGGUGCCGCUUGCCUGCUGCUCUGCUGGCCCGUCCGUGGAGAAGGUGACGUUCAUGAGCGGGCUGAAGAGGCCUUUGAUCUGCACCGACGUGCGCACCAACGGGGCUGAGCGUCCUGGUGCAAGCCUACUGCCAGUGGUGCAAGCCUACUGCCAGUGGUGCAAGCCUACUGCCAGUGGUGCAAGCCUACUUCCAGUGGUGCAAGCCUACUGCCAGUGGUGCAAGCCUACUGCCAGUGGUGCAAGCCUACUGCCAGUGGUGCAAGCCUACUGCCAGUGGUGCAAGCCUACUGCCAGUGGUGCAAGCCUACUGCCAGUGGUGCAAGCCUACUGCCAGUGGUGCAAGCCUACUGCCAGUAGUGCAAGCCUACUGCCAGUGGUGCAAGCCUACUGCCAGUGGUGCAAGCCUACUGCCAGUGGUGCAAGCCUACUGCCAGUGGUGCAAGCCUACUGCCAGUGGUGCAAGCCUACUGCCAGUGGUGCAAGCCUACUGCCAGUGGUGCAAGCCUACUGCCAGUGGUGCAAGCCUACUGCCAGUGGUGCAAGCCUACUGCCAGUGGUGCAAGCCUACUGCCAGUGGUGCAAGCCUACUGCCAGUGGUGCAAGCCUACUGCCAGUGGUGCAAGCCUACUGCCAGUGGUGUGUGGCAGUGAGCCUACUCACCAAGCUGUGGGCCACGGUCAUCGCUGGCGUGGGUCGCGGGGAGGCUGAUGAUGGUCACGAGACCCGCGAGGAAAGCGGCGAGGCCGCACAGGCCGGACAGGCGCGCGCAGGGCUUCAUGGCGGCAGCGGCGGACGGCCAGGGGGAAACCGAAACCGGCGUUUCGAAAUGAGGAAUCGCGGGAUCGCGAAGCUGAUGAUGCCGGGAUGGCGAGAAGCUGCAGGACCGAGUUGA